ACUGGCGCGAAAAACGCACAGUGUGGUUCCUGUAACACGUCGUGGGGCGGACCCUGUGCCUGUUGUGUGAGCGCCGGGUUUUACCUUUAAAUUAAAACUGCAACUAAAGUAAAGACUGCGUGCAAACCGCGCGCCGUGGCUUCCGACAACAACUCGGUCCGCUUUUAUCUGUCUGAUCCCCGUGAUCCGUGGACUCUUUGGCCGCCGACGGGAUUUUCCAAUGCCCUGAAUUUCGCUGUGGGAUUUUUUUUUUUUUUUUGCGGAGAGCCGGGUUGUUCAGGACGUUUCUCAGAGGCAGCUGGUGUCAUUUGAUCCCUUUCUGGAAAUAAACCCAGAGGAUUUUUUUUUAUAUUAACUGUGAACAUGGAGUUCGACUGCUACCAGCACUAUUUUUUCGAUGACUUCGACCGAGAGGAGGAUUUCUACAAGUCGACCGCACCGAGCGAGGACAUAUGGAAAAAGUUCGAGCUGCUGCCCACCCCUCCCAUGUCUCCCACGCGGACUCUGAGCGGCGGGGCUCUCCUCCUCUCGCCGGGAGACAAGCUCAGCUGGCUGUCCAAGGUCCUGGGGCAGGACGAGGAGUGCGAGGGUCAGUUCAUCCCCGACACAGGGGAGCUGUUCGGCAACCUCAGCUCCAUCAUCAUCCAGGACUGCAUGUGGAGUAGUUUCUCUGCCAGUAAGCAGCUGGAGAAGGUCAACGGGAGAGUACCAGCUGCGGCACAGACCGCUGUCCCCCCGGUGGCCCAGAUCUCCGUGAGACCGAGCAAGGUGCAGUGCGUCUCUCCCGGUGGCCCGGUCGCCACCGCGGCGACAGACUGCGUCGACCCCGCGGCUGUUCUCACCUUCCCGACAAGCAGCUGCAGGAAGCCGGCGUCGUCUGGCUCCGAGUCUCGCUCUGAUUCCUCUGAUGAUGAAGAGGAAAUCGACGUUGUCACUGUGGAGAGCAAGCAGAACCGGGUGCGGCUGGUGAAUGCCAGAACACCGGUGACCAUCACGGUCCGCGCUGACCCCUGCCCCAAACGCUUUCACAUGUCCGUCCAUCGGCAGCAGCACAACUACGCCGCCCGCUCCCCAGACAGUGAGCCUGACGACGACGACGACGACGACGAUGAUGAUGAUGAUGAUGACGAUGAUGAUGAGGAAGAUGAUGAGGAAGAGGAGGAGUAUGCAGAAGAGCCUCCAAGCAAGCGUACCUGCACAUCAUCCAGUCAGCAGUCGGGCUCUUCGGCUGGUGUUUCCCAGGCUGGCUCCCCCUCCGAGAGUCCCCAAAACUCCGACGCAGAGGACACUGACCGCAGGCGGAACCACAACUUCCUUGAACGGAAAAGGAGGAACGAUCUCCGGUCCCGUUUCCUCGCCUUGCGCGACCAGGUCCCUGGCCUGGAAUCGGCCAAGACUCCGAAGGUGGCCAUCCUGACCCAUGCGACGGAGUACCUGUCGGACCUGCACACCAGGGAGAAACGGCAGCUCCAAGAGAAGAAACGCCUGAAAACAAGACAGCAGCAGCUUCUCCGCAGGAUAGCAGAACUGAAGCGCUCUUGAGACGCUUGUGAAAUAGACUGCCUCAUUAUUCAUAUUCAGGAACUUUAUUCUCAAGUUAUCUGUCACUUUUGGAAAGCUCCAGUUUUUAUAUAACAGCCUCGUGUAAAUAGCUGUGAGUUCUGUUUUGGAGUACAUUUGCUGUGGGCUUCCUAUGAAUUGACUGUGCUGGCCAAUGAACCAGAUAUGAGGAGGAGGAGCAGCUAGUGAGCUUAAAUUUUAGUUUUAAACAGGGGUAAUGGAAUUUCUUUUUUUUUAUAGCUAUGACUAAGAUAAUUCUUAGUAUGCUAUGUGUGAUAGUGAGUUUAUGUAGGCUCCAGGAUGUGUUUUAAUGCAAGUGAGGUGUGAAUGCCCUUCUGUGUACAUAUGAGUGAAUGAGUUGGUGAGUUUGAUGUACAAAUUGUUCUGUAUAUAAUAGCUUAUCACUCCUGGUGAAGGAGGAGCAUUGCUCCACUUUAUGACGUGCCGCCAGGCAUCGAGGAAUCUCUAUUUUGUUAAAGUAGGAAAAAAUGGGCGAAAAAAUAAGUAGCACUGCUGUACUUUAUAUUCACACGUCACUUUUUCAAUGCUUCUCCUGAUUUUUUUUUUUUUUUUUAAAGCAUGCUAACAUUGACGACACCAUUAAAUUUUUAUACCAUAUUUGCAUACAA